ACCCACUACAGGCUGACAAUACUGGACUCCCUAUAAACUCGGACAAGCUAAUUGAUCUGCAACAGUCAGAGCUUAAAGCAGAAAGUCUACACUCAGGAAGUGAAGAGAACAUUGAGGCACUUGAAUGGCUACACAAGGGUCAUAGUGAGGAGCCAGAAAUGUGUAAAGAUGUAGAUCAGGACUCUGAAGAGUUAGAGGUUGUGGCUGAGAAUGAAGAAGCACCGACACCAGGAGCUGAAAAUGCAGAGUGGAUUGACAACUCACAAAAGAUACUAGAGCUGACUGAAAAACUGGAGGAGGCCAGUUGUUUAGAGCAGCACAAUUCUGACCAAACAACUUCACAGGACAGAGAACUGUCACCCUGUCCUGAACACUCUGAGUCUGAGCAGCUUGAGAUGGCCAAAGAAUCAGAGCGGAUCCAAGCAGAGGUGUUGCAACCAACAGAACAGCAACACUUUGAAGACUCUGCCCAGUUAGGACAGUCACAACAUCUGGAUCAGGCACCUCAGAUGGAACUGACACCGCAAACUGAAAAUGCAGAGCAGACAGAGGAGGCUACUCAGACAAAGCCUGUUUGUGUUGAAGAUGAAGAAUCUGAAGUUGCAGAACAGCAAGAACAGCAAGAACAGAGGGAGCUAACGGAGCAAAAUGAGCAGUCACCGCCAACAACCGACCUGUCUCAGACUGAGACGUCAGAUCAGGCUGAAGGUGUAGGGGGAAUUGAGAAUGGAGAUGUACAGACAGUUGUGGCAAAUGGAGAGCAACCCACCCCCCCUGAGAUGGCUGCACCUCAUAUGAAUGGAGGGGAGGUGGAGAGACAGAUGGCUCGCUGCCUUGCUGAACGGCUGUAUAAGUUGGACGGGAUCCAACGUCUAGACGUGGUGAAGCACUUAGACAAAGACAAUGACUUCAGUCGUACUGUUGGGGAGGAGUACCUCAAAUUUUUUGACUUCACCGGCCAAUCUCUGGAUCAUGCUUUGAGAUCCUUUCUAAAAGUGGUGAUACUGAUAGGAGAAAGCCAGGAGAGGGAGCGUGUGCUGCAGCAUUUUUCCUGCCGCUUUCAUGAGUGCAACCUCAACUCCUUUUCCUCUUCAGAGGCUGUAUUGACCCUGACGUGCGCUUUGAUGCUUCUCAACACUGACUUGCAUGGACAGAAUGUUGGAAAAUCAAUGUCAUCUUCUAAGUUUGUGUCCAACCUGGAGGGGAUGAAUGAUGGCGAAAACUUCAGCAAGGAUCUCCUGAAAAGUCUUUACAACUGCAUUAAGAGUGAGCCGCUGGAGUGGGCUGUUAAUGAGGAGGAAUUGAAGAGCUCUGUGUGGCCGGUUGAAGAUUCAGUAGAUGCACCACAGCUGCGCUCAAAAACCAACCCCUUCCUGGAUAUUCCUCAUGACAAAAAUGCCACAGUGGUCAAAGAGGGAUUCCUCCAGAGAAAGCUCCACGCCAACAUUGACGGCAAGCGCGCACCAUGGGGGAAACGAGGCUGGAAGACUUUCUAUGGAGUGCUGCGGGGGAUGGUCCUUUAUUUACAGAAGGAGGACUAUAGGAAGGAUCAGCAGACUAACGAGGAGGUAGUGAGUUUGCACCACUCUCUGGCCGAGCAGGCAGCCGAUUACACCAAGAAGCCGCACGUCUUCCGUUUGCAGACCGCUGAUUGGAGGGUUUUCCUGUUUCAGGCCUCAUCCAAAGUGGAGAUGAAUUCAUGGGUCAAUCGUAUCAACCUGGUGUCGGCGCUUCACUCCUCGCCUCCUUUCCCCGCUGCUGUUGGCUCCCAGAGGAAGUUCUUCAGGCCGAUCCUCCCUGCCUCGCAGUCUGCUCACACUCUGGAACGCCAGCUGCAGUCUCAUGGAGGAAUGAUGGAGUCCUUCAAGGCAGACCUGUCAUACCUGCAGCAAAACCCCCCAGAGGGCAGAAAAUCCAGAGCCAAGGAGCUGGAGGAGCAUCGCGUCAGAGCAGAGUACCUGCAGCAUGAGAUGUGUCGCUAUGAGAUCUACAUCCACUCUGUGGGAGAGGAAGAUGAGGAGGAAGGCAGGCUGAAAAAGUCCUACUCCAGUCCGUCUCUGGAGCUGGAGAUGGCUCCCCCGACAGUGAUCAAAGUCAAACGCAACAUCUCUGAAAGACGGACGUAUCGCAGGCCCAUCAUUCCUCGGAGGAACAAAGAGAUCUGA